GCACUACACUGCCAAAAGCUUGAGCUAACGGCUACAUCUUCUUUACUUUCACCAUAAAUAAGCACUUCUCUUCUUGAGGUUGCAAAUAAACACAAACAAUUUAUAGAGAGAGAUAACCUUCUAAUUAAGAGAGAGUUGAUAAGAGUUUUGGAUCAGAGAUGGGUUUGGUCAGGAGGUUCGACUUUGAUCUUUACUUGAUCAUUGUGAUGUUGAUGGGUUUGGGGUUUACGAUGUCAAAUGGGUACAAGUUCUAUGUUGGUGGGAGGGAUGGUUGGGUCCUUACUCCUUCCGAGGAUUAUUCUCUUUGGUCUCACCGAAACCGGUUUCAAGUCAACGACACUCUUCAUUUUAAGUACGCCAAGGGAAAAGAUUCAGUGUUGGAGGUGAGUGAACAAGAGUACAACACAUGCAACACGACUCAUCCAUUGACUUCCCUCUCAGACGGAGACUCUCUCUUUCUACUUAGCCACUCAGGUUCCUUCUUUUUCAUCAGUGGCAACUCUCAAAACUGUCUCAAAGGCCAGAAACUAGCCGUCAAGGUCUUGUCCACCGUCCAUCACAGCCACUCUCCUCGUCAUACCUCUCCCUCCCCGUCUCCGUCACCUUCACUGUCUACAAUCCAUCAGGGUUUGUCCUCGCCGGGGCCUUCUCCAGGACUGGAACCAUCAUCUGAUUCACACACUCAUGUUCCGGCUCCAGGGCCAGCGUUGGCUCACAAUUCGGCCGGUAUGUUUGGUCCGGGGUUGGUGGUUUUUGUGAUUAUGAUAAGUUCUAUGUUUUAGGGGUUUUUAAAUUGUCGCUGGUCAUUAAAUUUGUGAGAGUUCCCUCUACAGUUGAGUUUCAUAUUUACCUGCAAUUCUGCAUGUUUUGUUGUUAGUAUGUUUGAAGCAUAUGUAACCAUUUUUAAUGUGUUUCCCCUGUCUCGUAAUUUGUUCUUGCUUAAGAGAAUAUUUAAAUAGAGCUUUUGUAUUACUUAAUUA